AUGACGUUCUAUCCUUUGAGGCUCUUGUAUUUAUCAAUGUUCAUUUUCGUACCACUGCUCGCUAAAGAUAUCGGUGCAAAUCAUACGAGAAAGUUUGAAAAAUGUUCGAGGACAAGCUUCGCUUCUGGUGCUCAGGGUUACAGAUUUUUGUACGAUUAUUUGACUGGCUCGGGUCUUCACAGCUUCAACAAGAGUUUGACUAUCGGAUUUUUGGGCUCAUACGGAAGAAGUCAGGUGGUUCUCGGAGCGUUACCCUUGGCCAUAGCCACCGUCAACUCGGAUCCGAAUCUCUUGCCCGGAAUAGAGCUGAAGUUCCUCGCUGCUGACAUAGGAAGGAGCAACGCCGACUCGCUGGCGGCAUUAGGUAUAAGGAUAAUGACGGAAAUGAGGGAUUCCGGAACAGUCGCUUUCAUUGGACCAGACGACUCCUGUAGAUCAGAAGCACUUGUAGCAGCAGCGUGGAACUUGCCGUUGAUUUCAUACAAAUGCGAGGACCCGGAAGUAUCGGACAGUCGAGUGUACUACACGUUUGCCAGGACACUUCCGCCAACCAGUAAAAUAAGCAAAAGUGUCGUGGCUCUAUUGAGAGCUUUUUCUUGGACGAAGAUUGUCGUCGUCUGUGAAACUAGGCCGGCCUGGAGUGAGAAGCUCAAGGAUUACUUGCAGAAUUACGGUAUCACCGUGAUGGACACCUUUACCGUCAACGAUUACAUACCGAUAUUUGAAAGCAAAUUGGACGAUAUCGUGACGGCAACUUAUUUGAGAACCAGAGUCUACCUGUUCGUCGGAGAGCACAUAGCUUUGGUGGAUUUCGUCAAGUGUCUUCAAAAGCGGCGGCUCCUUUACACGGGGGAUUACAUAAUCGUUUCGGUAGACGACAAGAUCUACGAUCCUCAAAGGAGGAUAGACAUUACUCAACGGAAUUACAUAGACCCGUAUCUGCCGAACAGAAACAUGUCAGAGGAUGUAAAAUUCGGGUUUAGAUCCGUCCUGAAGCUAACACCGACUCACGUAAUAAAUCCAAACUUCAAGGAAGUCUGUGAGCGUAUCAAGAACUAUUCGGUGAAGCCGCCGUUCUGCGUUCCGUAUCACAGUGAGAUUUUCAAGACAAUUGCGAUGCCAAUUCAAGCAGCCUAUUUGUACGACGCAGUUAUGAUAUACGCCAGAGCGGCAACCGAGCUUCUUGCGGAGGGCGAAGACCCAAGAAAUGGAUCGGCGAUAUUGAGCAAAAUUCGCAACCGGAGCUACCAUUCACUUCAGGGAUACGACGUUUUUAUAGACGAAAACGGAGACGCGGAGGGUAAUUUCACGGUGGUAUCCCUACUCGACGACGAGGAUACCAACGGAACCGUGAAAAGUCUGUCCAUGCAGCCCGUCGGCUAUUUCCAGUACAGCCACAACGACACCGGCGGAAUACCGAGGUUCAGAUACAUAAACCCGAAGAGAGAAAUUCAGUGGGUCGGUCCUGAGCCGCCCAGAGCCGAACCAGAGUGCGGAUUCACCGGUGAACUUUGCCGCGACGACUUCGACGAGGAACUCGAAGAUCCCUCGUCGAACAUCAACGACUGGCGUGACUGGAGACUCCAGGUCGCCUUGCUGGCUGCGACCGCUCUCGUCGUUGUGGCCGCGGUAUUCGCCUUCAAGCAUUACAGGUACGAACAGAAAUUGGCCUGCAUACUUUGGAAAAUAGAUUUAAAGGACCUAACCAUGAUUCCCAGCGACGUUGCAGACUCUUGUAACGAGAAAAGCGUGGUGUACCUAGGCGAGCCGGGUUGCACUCCAAAAGCGCACACGCGAGUUGCUCUCUACCGAGAAAGCAUAGUGGAGGUUAAACCGAUCUAUAAAAAGACGGUGGACAUGACAAGGACGAUAAGAAAGGAGCUCAAGCAGAUCAGAGAGAUUAGGCAUGAGAACUUGAUACCGUUCAUGGGGGCGGUGGUAGAGCCCGGAGCUAUUUUCAUCGUGACGGGCUACUGCGCUCGGGGAUCGCUUCGGGAUUUGUUGCAAAACGACGACCUGAGGUUGGAUCCGAUGUUCGCGUCGUCCCUGGUCGCAGAUUUGCUUCGGGGAAUGAUCUACCUCCACGACAGCGAUAUUAUAUCGCACGGUAAUUUGCGAAGCAGUAACUGCCUGGUGGACAGUCGAUGGGUGCUACAGAUCUCGGACUUCGGACUUCACGAGUUCAAGUCAGGCCAGGAAGAGCCUGACCAUGAGAAAAAAGAGCUUCAACGAAUGCUUUACCGAGCCCCAGAGCUUCUUCGAAGCGGAGCACCGCCGGCCAGAGGCUCGCAGAAGGGGGACGUCUACAGUUUUUCCCUAGUCCUUUACGAAAUAAUGACGCGUCGAUUCCCCUGGGACGACACGCUAUUGACCCACUCUGAGAUCGUGGAGAACAUAAAGAAAGGACGAAGACUACGUCCGACUUUGAGCUACGUGAAGGGCGUUUCGGACUACAUAAUCAGGUGCAUCGAGUCCUGCUGGCACGAGGAGCCCGAGGUCAGACCGGACAUGAAGCUCGUUUCCGUUGUGCUCAAGCCGAUGCAGGCCGGAUUAAAGGCGAACAUAUUCGACAACAUGCUCGCUAUCAUGGAAAAGUACGCCUGUAAUCUCGAGGGGCUGAUUCAGCAGAGGACGAACGAAUUGGUGGAAGAAAAGAAAAAGACGGACGCUCUGCUGCACCGGAUGUUGCCUAAAACCGUCGCAGAAGCUCUCAAGAGGGGGGAUCCGGUGGAAGCGGAGAGCUUUGACAGCGUCACAAUAUACUUUAGCGAUAUCGUUGGUUUCACAGAAUUAUCAGCGGAAAGUACUCCUUUGCAGGUGAUUACACUCUUGAACGAGCUAUACACCUGCUGCGAUUAUAUAAUCUCGCAUUACGACGUCUACAAGGUUGAGACCAUAGGAGAUGCUUACAUGGUGGUUUCCGGACUGCCGGUCAGAAACGGGGACAAACACGCCGGGGAAAUAGCUUCCAUGGCGCUACACCUCCUGCGACGUAUCAGCAGGUUUGAGCUGCCCCACAAGCCCGGUGAAAGCCUAAAAAUCCGUAUAGGAAUUCACUCAGGUCACUGCGUAGCCGGUGUAGUCGGUUUAAAAAUGCCGAGGUACUGUCUCUUCGGUGACACCGUGAACACCGCGUCAAGGAUGGAAUCCUCCGGAUCACCGCUCAGGAUUCACAUGUCCGAAGACGCGUGGAAGCUGUUGCAGAAACUGGGUGGUUAUCAGGCGGAGGAACGAGGAAUGGUCGAGAUCAAGGGAAAAGGGGUAAUGAAAACGUACUGGUUAGUGGGAGAGGAUCCCCUGUGCAGACAGAAUCGUAUCUUCGAAUCAAAUUCCCACUUUCAUCACUCCCACUACGGAUCACUGUGUUCAUUAUCGUCGGAGAGGCUUACCGAAACGCCGGAUCUUCUGCGGAGAACAAUCGGCGCCGAAUUCUUGGACGUCGACACGAUUGAUCUCGGGGGUUUUCGAUUCACGAGGCGAGAGCUCCAUUCACGUGCUCUUCGAGUUUGUUCGCAUCAGAACAGUCAGGAAUUGAUCUACCAUGGAGCGGCCGGACGAUCGCAUAGAUCAGCGCCUGCGAUCACUCUGACGGAUAGGAUGACAAAUUACUGAUGCGCGUCUCGAGGGAUCCAAGCAGUUUCUUUUCUCUCUCUCUCUCUCUCUCUUUUUUUUUCCAAAGAUGUUUUAUACAAUCAUUUUUAAAUGUAUUCUGUGUAUAUAUACACCUACAUGUAACAUAAUACAAGUAUACAUGUAUACUGAAUGUCGAUAUUUCGUACCUGUUUAAUACGUAAGUCACUAAAGUAUAUUGAUUGCUAUAUAUACAAACAUAUAUACAUAUAUAUAUUAUAUACAGAUUAACGUUGAUCGGUUGUAAUUUAAUAAAA